AAGUGCGAAAAUUAUCUAAGAAAGAAGACUGUACAGUAAGGCUGGGAAAAGUGAGAAGAAAUACUAAAAUGUUUAUCAAUUGUGCAAUCGGCCCAAAAUGAACCUGGGAAUCUCUCCCUUAUCUCACACAUUAUUAUUAAUAAGAAAUAGUAAUAGAAGAAAUAUUAUCAUCCGCACAACUGUCAUGGCUGCUCCUCAGCCUCCGGUGGCUAAGAAAGUGAAACACGAGAUGGAAAAGUUCGGAGAUGUGAGGGUCGACAAUUACUAUUGGCUACGCGAUGAUUCGCGCUCUAAUCCCCAAGUUCUCUCGUAUCUUCAUCAAGAAAAUUCUUACACUGAUUCCAUUAUGUCUGGAACCAAACAGUUGGAAGAUCAGAUAUAUGCCGAGUUAAGAGGCCGCAUCAAAGAGGAUGACAUAUCUGCACCUCUACGCAAAGGGCCUUAUUACUAUUACGAGCGGACUUUGGAGGGGAAGGAGUAUGUACAGCAUUGCCGCCGCCUUGUAGAAAAUGGUGCACCCGUGCCAUCUGUUGAUGAUAUAAUGCCAACAGGACCAGAAGCUUCUCCAGAACAUGUGAUUUUGGAUGAAAAUGUCAAUGCUAAAGAUCACGCAUACUAUAGCAUUGGUGCUUUUAAGGUCAGUCCAAAUCAUAAAUUAGUAGCUUAUGCUGAAGACACUAAAGGAGAUGAGAUCUAUACCAUUUAUGUUAUGAAUGCCGAGACUCGUUUACCAGUGGGUGAGCCAUUGGUUGGCGUAACAGACUAUUUUGAAUGGGUUGGUGAUGAUGCUUUGCUAUACAUCUCCAUGGAUGACAUUCUGAGACCAUAUAAGGUUUGGUUUCAUAAGUUGGGUACAAAUCAAUCAACUGAUGCAUGUCUUUAUCACGAAUUGGAUGAUACAUUUUCUCUAGAUCUUGAAGCUUCCGAGAGCAAACGAUAUUUGUUUGUCGGAUCUGAAAGCAAAACUACAAGGUCUAUUUUCUAUUUGGAUAUGUCAAAGCCUGAGAAAGGCCUUAUGGUUUUGACACCUCGAGCAGAGGGCAUUGAUACAUCCAUCAGCCACCGUGGUAAUCAUUUUUUCAUUAAAAGGAGGAGUGAGGAGGCCUUCAAUUCAGAACUAUUAGCCUGUCCACUGGACGAUGUAAAUGCAACUACAGUUCUACUUCCUCACAGAGAAAGUGUAAAAAUACAGGACAUAAGUCUUUUUAGUGACCACCUUGUUGUUUAUGAGCGUGAAGAGGGUCUACCACGGGUAACCGUUUUUUUUCUUCCAGCUGUUGGUGAACCACUUCACACUCUCCAAGGUGGCCGUGCUGUAGAUUUUAUUGAUCCUGUUUAUUCAGUAAAGCCGGCAGAGUCACAAUUUUUUUCGAGUGUAUUGCGGUUUCAAUAUAGCUCUCUGAGAAUCCCCCCUUCUACAUACGAUUAUGAUAUGCGUACAGGUGUUUCAGUUUUGAAGAAAGUUGAAACAGUACUCGGUGGUUAUGAUGCCGCAAAGUAUGUAACCAAAAGAGAGUGGGCAAUUGCUCAAGAUGGCACUCAUGUUCCUAUAUCAAUUGCCUAUCAAAAGGAUCUGGUCAAGCUUGACGGGUCAGAUCCUUUGUUACUUUAUGGCUAUGGAUCAUACGAGAUAUGUGUGGAUCCUAGUUUCAAAGCAUCAAGGUUGUCUUUGUUGGACCGUGGUUUUAUAUAUGCAAUUGCCCACAUUCGUGGUGGUGGAGAAAUGGGGAGAAAGUGGUAUGAAAACGGAAAAUAUCUACAAAAAAUGAAUACUUUCACAGAUUUUAUUGACUGUGCAGAGUAUCUAAUAAAGAGGAAAUAUUGUACGAAAGAAAAAUUGUCCAUAUAUGGAGGAAGUGCAGGAGGGUUGCUUAUUGGUGCUGUUCUAAAUAUGCGACCUGAUUUAUUUAAGGCAGCUGUAGCUGGAGUACCGUUUGUAGAUGUCGUGACUACAAUGCUUGAUCCAACAAUUCCUUUAACAACAGCAGAAUGGGAGGAGUGGGGUGAUCCUCGUAAAGAAGAGUUUUAUUUCUACAUGAAAUCAUAUUCACCAGUUGACAAUGUAAAAGCUCAAAAUUACCCGGCCAUACUUGUUACUGCUGGAUUAAAUGAUCCACGUGUACUUUAUUCUGAACCUGCUAAGUUUGUUGCCAAGUUGAGAGAGAUGAAAACGGACAAGAAUGUGUUGUUGUUUAAAUGUGAGAUGGGUGCUGGCCAUUUCUCCAAGUCGGGAAGGUUUGAGAAGCUCCAAGAAGAUGCCUUUAUCUAUACAUUCAUUCUAAAGAUUAUGAACAUGGUCUCUGCGCUUGAUUAAAGUCAUGUUGCAUUAAGGCUGAAAAUCAUAAGAGGGGAGCGGCGUUUAUCAUAAGUCCAAAAUUUCGGAUCUCUACAUUCAUUUUUCUAUUAUUGAAACAAAAAAUAUGUAACUUGUUACCGAGAAUGUAUUAGGAGGAUUAUUAGGUUAUUUAGUUAGAAGGAUUUAUAAUUUUCCAAAUAUUAAAUUUUUAGUUUGUUAUUUCUCUAAAGUAUAACAUGACUAGUUUAUAAUGAUACUGAAGUUAGCAUCAA